AAGUGGAUCUGGGAUUUUCUCUCCACCAUGGCUGGUCUCUAGUACUGAAACCUAGCUCACCUCCACCACUAGAGCACUCACCAUCCUUCAACGAGUCUAGCUUGGCCUCGGCGUCGUCCAGCAGCGCCCGGAAUCAGCCUACGCGCCGCAACAGCUUUCACCCAAAAACUUUCUCCGGGCACCCACAACAUCUGCCUCCCUCACCCACCGUCACUACAAGACACCACUUUCCCAGCCUCUCUUCCUCGAGUAAUUAUCAUUAUCAUCACACGUUUCGGUCUCGAGAAGCCAUGAUUCUGGGUUUGUUUAUGAGAGAGAUUCGAGGAGAGAGAAACCAAAUCUCAUCUGGUUUCUUUGGUAAAUCUUGAGUUGCUGCUGUCAUGGCCACUCUAUUUCGAGCUCAACUUAAAGAUCUCAAGAUCCAGAUUCAAGGCGUCGUUUUGUCCUUCCAAGAUCCAAAUUUCAAACUUCAAAACGCCGUUCUGUUCAAGGUCCAAACACAGCACCCAAAAACAGCAAUGUUUCGCGACGAACAACUCUCAGGCGAUCCUCCUGGAAAUUUCUUCACUUUAUCGUCAACGCUCAUCCCGGCACCUCUCGCUCUCGGUGUCGGCGUCUACCCAAAAUGGCACUCGGUGUCAGUUCCAGAACCCAAACACAAAUUUGCUUCAAGCCCUGAAAUCAGUCUCAACAAUACCAAACUCGGUCUCGGCACCUAGAAGCGACGAACACUUGCCUUCUUUUAGAAAGCAAAGCACAAAACUCGAUAUCGGCACCCAGAGACUCAAUGUUGGCCUUUUGGAGCAGAGCUCUAAACUGAGUAUCGAAGCCAAAUGCAAUCUCGACAAGUACCGAUCCAAAAAAAAACACACAAUAAAAGGAUGACGAUAUUGCUCAAUACACCCAGCAACGACGACUUGUCUGCCCUCACCAAGCACCGACAACCGCCUUCACCCACUAACGAAUCUCAUAUGCAGCCUUGUUUCUCUGUUCGGUAGUACCCAUCGCAGGCCUAGUGGGGAAACACAAUUGUAGGCACCGAAGUUUCUGAUAAACUUUCGGAGAACCAAAUUGGGCACCUCCAAAUCCUAAAUGUUGAAUCGAUGUUAGUCGCCGAGUCUCCAACUCUCGGUCUCGGUCUCAUGAACUCGUCUCACCUAGAGCAUCGAACAAGCUCACCAUCUCGGUCUCGGAAUCAGCAUGGCUGUCGGUAUCGGAAUCCCAAUAACUCGGUGUCGGCCUCCCAGUCUCGCUGACUCAUCUCGAUCAAACACCGUUCAAAAAAAAAAAAAAAACGAUUUCAAUGCUCAGCCGCAGCGGCAAUGCCGAAGGCAAACCUGUCUCGCAAUGCAAUGCCAAUUCUCGUGAACACCUCUCCUUUCACUGGAUCUGGAUGUUGGUCUCUAUCUCUAUCUCUAUCUCACGUCAACUCACUCUCUGUUUUGAGUUUUUUAGGUGAGAAUGGCUGGAAUAGAAGGUCAUGCAAUCGGAAUUGAUCUCGGCACAAAGUACUCAUGUGUGGGAGUUUGGAAGCAUGAUAACAAUAAUGUGGAAAUCAUAGUGAACGAUCAGGGCAACAGGACCACGCCGUCAUGUGUUGCCUUCACUGAUACUGAGCUUCUGGUAGGAGAAGCAGCGUUUAAUCAGAUCAUGAGAAACCCCGAAAACUCCAUCUUUGAUGCAAAGCGGUUAAUUGGCAGGAAAUUCAGUGAUACGUCUGUUCAAAGUGACAAGAAGCUCUGGCCAUUCAAGGUGGUUGAAGGUCCUGAUAAUAAGCCUAUUAUUUUGGCUAAGCACGAAGGCAAAGAGAAACAGUGUGCUGCUGAAGAGAUCUCAUCCAUGGUUCUUGCAAAAAUGCGGGAGAUAGCUGAAGCCUAUCUUGGAUCAACUGUGAAGAAUGCAGUGAUCACAGUCCCUGCUUACUUCAAUAAUUCACAGCGCGAGGCUACAAAAAAAGCUGGUAUUACUGCAGGCCUAAAUGUUAUGCGUAUCAUCAAUGAACCAACUGCAGCAGCCAUUGCUUAUGGCCUGGACAAGAAGGCUGGUUGGUAUAGCAAGAGAAAUGUACUCAUAUUUGAUUUGGGUGGGGGUACUUUGGAUGUGUCACUACUUACAAUAGGUGAUGGUGUCUUUGAAGUGAAAGCCACUGCUGGAGAUACUCAUCUUGGAGGUGAGGACUUCGAUACCAAAAUGGUGAAUUACUGUGUUAAGGAAUUUAAGAGGAAGCACAAUUUGGAUGUCAGUGGAAACAUCAGAACUCUUAGGAGGUUAAGAAAUGCAUGUGAAAUGGCAAAGAGGAGACUUUCCUUUACAACUACAACUGACAUUGAAAUUGAAUGUUUGCAUCAAGGUAUUGAUUUCUGUGUGACUUUUACUCGUGCCAAAUUUGAACAGCUGAACCUUGAUUUCUUCAGUAAGUGUAUGGAGCCAGUGGAGAAGUGUUUGGAGGAUGCCAAAAUGGACGUAGGUAGUGUGCAUGAUGUCGUUCUUGCUGGUGGCUCUUCUAGAAUUCCCAAGGUGCAACAACUGCUACAGAACGUGUUCAAAGGGAAGGAGCUGUGCAAGGGCAUAAAUCCUGAUGAGGCAAUAGCAUAUGGUGCAGCUGUUCAAGCUGCAGUCUUGACAGGUGGGAACUUGCAUGGGAAGCUUCAAGACUUCACACUCUUGGAUGUCACCCCUCUAUCACUUGGGGUGGAGACAACCAGAAAUCAUGUCAUGUCUGUUGUGAUUCCAAGAAACACCAAAGUACCAGUUAUGAAGGAGGACAGUUUUUGUACUAUGUUUGACAAUCAAGAUGAAGUUGACUUUACCAUUUAUGAAGGUGAGAGUAAAACGACCUUAGAGAAUAACUUAUUAGGUGCAUUUAGGAUUGAGGACGUUCCUCCUGCUCCUGCGGGUGAAGCUAAAUUUGAUGUUUGCUUUGAUAUUGAUGCAAAUGGUAUCUUGAGUGUCUCUGCCAAGGAUCUGUCCACCGGAAAAAAGAAAGGGAUCAAAUUCAACAGUGAGAGAAGAACUUAUGAAGGAAUUGAGACUGUGAUGUAAGAAAUCUUAAUAUGGUUUGCUGAAGAGUCAAGUAGCAUAUGCAGUUAAACUAAACUGCAGCUAGCUGGCAUAUUUUCUUUGUUUCAUUUAUGUUCUCAUCAUUCAGCAGCCAAUGUAUGUUUAUCAAUUAUGCUCAUAACAUUGUGGACUAUUAGUUCUGUUCUAAACUUCUUUGGUUCA